CGGUGCUGCUUGUUACAGGACGCCAUGGCUGGUGAAGACGACGCUUUCCAGGCGGCCGCUGAGAUCCUGAAGGGUCUCGCGCGCGAGGUUCCCGCGAGUGACGACUCUGAACCCUCCACCAAUUCCGUGGCCACGAAUGGCUUCGAUCCCAAACAGGUCAAGUUGCCGGGUGAACCCAGUCCCGGCAAGACUGCUUUUGAGACCGAAUUGCAGGCGCUGAUCGGUCGAAUCCACGACCUGGAAACUGAGCUGGUCAGUGACCCGCUUCCCUCUUUCUUUUGGUCUCCUUGGACAAAUAGGCAAGCAUGA